UAGUCAAUGGGGAAUGAUAAACAUGAUGUAUACUCUCACCUACAGCAGGAGGUUGAUAAACAUGAUGUAUACUCUCACCUACAGCAGGAGGUUGAUAAACAUGAUGUAUACUCUCACCUACAGCAGGAGGUUGAUAAACAUGAUGUAUACUCUCACCUACAGCAGGAGGUUGAUAAACAUGAUGUGUACUCUCACCUACAGCAGGAGGUUGAUAAACAUGAUGUAUACUCUCACCUACAGCAGGAGGUUGAUAAACAUGAUGUAUACUCUCACCUACAGCAGGAGGUUGAUAAACAUGAUGUAUACUCUCACCUACAGCAGGAGGUUGAUAAACAUGAUGUAUACUCUCACCUAUAGCAGGAGGUUGAUAAACAUGAUGUAUACUCUCACCUACAGCAGGAGGUUGAUAAACAUGAUGUAUACUCUCACCUACAGCAGGAGGUUGAUAAACAUGGUGUAUACUCUCACCUACAGCAGGAGGUUGAUAAACAUGGUGUAUACUCUCACCUACAGCAGGAGGUUGAUAAACAUGAUGUAUACUCUCACCUACAGCAGGAGGUUGAUAAACAUGGUGUAUACUCUCUCCUACAGCAGGAGGUUGAUAAACAUGGUGUAUACUCUCACCUACAGCAGGAGGUUGAUAAACAUGAUGUAUACUCUCACCUACAGCAGGAGGUUGAUAAACAUGGUGUAUACUCUCACCUACAGCAGGAGGUUGAUAAACAUGGUGUAUACUCUCACCUACAGCAGGAGGUUGAUAAACAUGGUGUAUACUCUCACCUACAGCAGGAGGUUGAUAAACAUGGUGUAUACUCUCACCUACAGCAGGAGGUUGAUAAACAUGGUGUAUACUCUCACCUACAGCAGGAGGUUGAUAAACAUGGUGUAUACUCUCACCUACAGCAGGAGGUUGAUAAACAUGGUGUAUGUCCCUUGCCCUGCCAUGUAGGACACAUCUGACAAGCAGGAGGAUCUG